AGAUUGGUAGCUUUGGUCGAUACCAAUUCCUUCUUUUGAUGGCCAUGGGUACCAUGACUUUAUUUGGAAAUGGUUGGCAAGGCGUGAUAUCGUCCUUUUUGGCUGCGGAGCCUCCAUGGCGCUGCGUGAAAAACAGCUCGUCUUGUAACGUCACUGGUACUUUCUCACCUGGGAAAGAUGGCUAUGAUAAACGAUGCAGCCUURCUCGUGACCAAUGGGAGUUUGAUACGAGUGAAUUUACUUCGAUUGUAUCAGAGUGGGAUCUGGUUUGUGAUCGUACAAGUUUGUCCAGUAUGUCCAAAAGUAUUGUGUUUGCUGGCUUCAUGAUUGGUGUGUUAUUUGGUGGCGUGUUGUCUGACAAGUUUGGACGUAAACCAAUCGUGUACUUCCCUUCCGUGCUCUGCAGCUUAUUCGCCUUGAUAGCCUCCUUCGCAGAGGUGUUCUGGCUGUUUAAUAUUGUACUUAGAGCACUUGUUGGUGUUUGCCUUGGCAGUUCAUCCAUUGCUAUAUUCGUUUUGAUGGUGGAAUACGUAGGCGUCAGACAUCGGGCAAUGGCUGGCACCAGUCUGUGGUAUUUCUUUACAAUAGCACUUAUGCCAUUAUUUCUGUUGGCAUACUUCAUACGAAACUGGAGAUACCUCUCAAUCGCAGCCUCAGCGCCUGCUUUAUUACAAGUGUUUCUUUGGUGGUUCAUUCCUGAGUCAUCAAGAUGGCUAAUAACGAAUGCCAAACAUGAAAUAAGCAAAGAAAUUUUUGCUAAAAUUGCACGUACAAACCGAAAAGAACUACCACCAAACCCCAUUUCACUAGUGGAGGAAAAACAGCGUGUUGGAGAUGUGCGAGAUUUGUUUCGUUCCUGGAAGAUGACUCGUCUCACCCUCAUCAGCUGGUUUAAUUGGUUAGCUGUAUCGGUGGUGUACUGGGGUGCAUUAUUCAGCUUUGACGCUUUUGGUGGAAACAUUUAUCUCGCGUUCUUUUUAACUGCCAUCGUCGAGAUCCCUUCAAUCUACCUUACCAUUAAAGCAAUGAAUAGGUUUGGAAGAAGGAAGAGCGCAUUGGGUAGUUUGAUCAUGGCAUCCAUAGCGUCCACCGUUGCGGUACUACUCAUGACAAGAGUCUCAGACGAAGGGUUUCGUAUCGGUACCGUCAUCAUGUCGAUGGUAGCCAAGUUUUUUAUUACAUUUGCUUUUGACACCAUWUACGUCUAUACGUGCGAACUCUUCCCUACAGUCGUCAGGAAUGUCGCUAUGGGAACGUCAUCUGGUUCUGCAAGACUUGGUUCAAUUGCAGCUCCAUUUGUAGUUGAACUCAUCCGUGUCCAUAUCAUAAUCCCAUGGAUAAUCUUUGCCAUUUUUGCUGCCAUCGCGUGUGUAUUGGUUUUCACUCUUCCAGAAACCAAUAACGCGCCAACAAAAGAAACGUUUGUCGAUGAAGAGAAGCAGCUGAAGCGCAAAGCUAAUGGGAUUGAUAACCCUGGUAUUGUGGAUAAUACGGAACUUUGA